AUGGAUUUUGAGGCAGCAAUUGAGCAUACUAAAACCCUAGGUGAUGAACCAAUUGAAAACGAAGAUAUUUUAUUUAGACAUUCGCAUUUCUUAAAAUCAAGUAAUGAUAUAUCGUUAAUUGAAUGUAAAUCUGAUAUGGCUAGUUGUUCUAAAAAUAAAAUUAAUAACUCCUCACAAAAAAAAAUACUUUCAAUAAAUUAUGAACCAGCUAGCCAAACGCCAGAAUAUUUUGAAAUAAAAAAAAAAAUAAGUAAAAAAAAAAAUAGCGAUGAUAAUAGCGAAAACAAUGACGAAAUGAGUGUGUGCAAAUCAGAUCGGGGCUACGAAAAUGAACUUUCUUACAUAAUAAUAGAAGAUAACAAUUAUUCAAAGGAAAAUUUUAACAAUAAAAAAAAUGAAGAAUAUCCCAAUUUUGAAGAAUUAAAAAAUGUACUAGAAAUAAAUGAUGACAAUAUAUCAAAUCAAAGCAUACAACUUUCGGAUAAUAGACCUAAAAAUAAAUUAAAAGAAAAAGAAAAAGAAAAUUAUUUUAUAUCAAAUGAAAAGAAAAGUUUACCAUUUCAUAAUGUAGAAGAUUCGAGCUGUAAUAGCAGUCAAAGUAGUAACCAAAAUUAUAGAUAUGAUAAUAAUUGUUCAUGCAAAAAUGAAUUAAAUUAUGAAUAUGAUAGAGAAAGUUCCUUAGCACAUAAAGAGUCUUCAUUAUUUAAAAAAGGACAAAAUUCAGACAACACUGAUAAAAAACCAUCUACUAUAAUAUAUAAUUUAAGUGAGUCUUUAAAUGCUAGUAUACAUAUGAAUAAUUCAGAAAAUAAUAUUAUAUCGGAAUAUAUAUGUGAAAAAAGUGAUGAAGAAGUAGAGAAAUCACUAAAAUUUAAUUAUAAUAAAAAUUGCAAUCAUAAUAUUUUGAGUCAUGGUAGUGUGUCAACAAAUAAGAAGGACGAAAUUGAAAAAGAGAUUCUUCCAUUACUGAAAGGAGGGACAGAAAAAAUAAAAGACCACGAUGAGGUAAAUUUAUUUAAUCAAAAAAAUGGGGACUUAUACAAAUAUGAUGAAAUAAAUGAGGCUAGUCAUAGUAGCUUCCAUGAAAAUUCCGAGAAAAAUGUGGAGAAAAAUAAAAAAAAGUAUAGUGAAAAUUUAGUCUUAUUUAAUAAAAUUUUAAAAUACAAAGAUCAGCUAAUUGAUGUUUAUAGUAACAUAUCAAUGGAAAGUGAAAGUAUGAACAUGCAAGGAGAAAAAAAUAGCUAUUUAAUAAAAGGAAUAGAUCAAAUAUCUGAAAGCAGUAUGAGCAAUAGCAGUAAUGAUAGUUAUAGAAAGGAAAACAAUCCUGCUACAAGCAAUGUUGAUAAAAAGGAAAUUAGUACAAAUUUUAAAAUUGAUGAAAAAAAAAAUAGAAAAAAUUUAUGGAAUAAGAAUGUGAUGACGAAAGAAAGACAUAUCUCUAAAAAUAGUAAUUUAGAAAUGAUUGCUGAAUUUAAUAAAUAUGAACCAGGGUUGUUAAGGAGUAAUGAAGAUUUAUCUUUAGAUCAUGAUAUUUUAUUAAAUUCUUCGAAUAAAAAUGGAAGUCAUAAAAUCAAAUAUUUUGACUAUAUUCCUAAUAAAGAAAUAGAAAUAAGUAGUGAAAAUAUUUUAGAUAUUAGUCAAGAGGAAGAAAAAGAUAUAAAAAUGAAAAUAAUUAUAAAUAUAAAAAAUAUAUAUUUUACAAAAUAUAAGCAUAUUAAAUGUGUUGUAACAAAUAAUUCAGGAGUUAUCAUAAAUUCAUUUAAUUUUUACAAAAAGCAAAUCAAAUUAGAUCAAGAAAAUUGUUUUAUAAAAAUAUGUAAUAAAAAUAAAUUAAAUAACAAUUUAUUAAAACCAGAGGAUAUACAUAUCUUAUUGGAAGAGUUGCAAAAUAUGGUGUCUACAAAUAUAAGUUUGGAACUUUUAUUUGAUGCAAAAUUAUCCGAUGGAAAUCCAAUUAUAUCCGAAUCAGCUUUUUAUAGGCUGAGCUUUUAUGGAAUUGAUAAAAUUGACUCGGGAAAAAAAACUACAACACAAUGUAAGGAUGGAUCAAAUGAACAAAGUGGGCAAAAUGAAAAAUUUGAAAAAAGUUUGUAUAUAGGAUUUACCAUUUUACAUCUUAAGUAUAUAUUUCAAAUUCAAGAUGAAGGGUUUCUUCAUUUAAAUAUAUCUGAAAAGAAAACGGAUGAACUAUCUCAAAGUAUUGAUGAAAAAUAUGAGGAAGAUUCAUGUUCUUUAAAUUGUAAAAUAAAUAACAAAACUCAUUCUAGUAAUUUAACUUAUGUAGAACGAAUAGGUUUUAUUUUUAAAACUUUAUUUAAUCAUAGUUUAGAUAUUACUAGUCCUAAAAUAUUUAUAAAAUAUAAAUUUGAAAAAUUAAAAGAUGAAUAUUAUAGAGACAUAAUAAAUGAUCAACAUAAAGAUUUAAAAAAAAAUGAAUUUAAUAAAAUGUGUAAAAAAAAUACAGAAGAAAAUUUUGAAAAUGAUCAAAGUCCACAAAAUAAUAGAUCAAAUAAAAAAAAUGAAAUACAUAAUAUGAAUUAUGGAUUUAAAAAAAUAUUUCAAAUUUUAGAAAAAAAUAAAAAUAAUCCAACUUGUAAAUAUACUAAAAAAAGUAUCGAAGAAUUAUUAAAAUUAUAUUAUCAAAUAUGUUUGAGAAAGUCACACAACCAUUCUAGUAAUCCAUUAUUUUCUGACACUCAUGAUAGUGAACAUGAGGAAAUAAGUUUGUCUAAAAUUUGUAAUUCUAUUCCGUUUGAUAGUAACUCACGUUAUGUAAAAGAAAAAAACAGAAUAUCAAAAAGUGGGGGACCAAGCAUGUGUAAAGAAGAUAACUAUUUGAUGAAGAGCAAAAUAGAAAAAGUAAACAUAUUCGAAAAAACAGACAGCUUAGAGGAUAUAAAAAAAACGUGCCUAAGCUUGUAUAAAAAGGAUAAAGAAAAUAUAAAAAUAAUACAAAACUUAAAAAAUAUAAUUCUUAAAUAUACGGAUGGAAUAAAUAAUUAUUUUGACAUGAUCGAAUUUUCUAAAGGUAAUAAUAAAAUGUAUAAUAUAUAUGAAGAAAAUAAAAAAUUAAAAAAAUAUAUAAAAGAAUCAAACAGCUUUUUUGUUGAAAAUAUUGUUCAUACUCAUAAUGAAAUAUCUAAAUUAAAGCAUAGCAAUAAGACAAUAAAUAUUCUAUAUAACAAGGAAAAAACAAACAAUAAUUUGUUUGCAAAUUUAAAUGAAAAAGGUUCAUUCUUGAGAAGUACCACAAAAAGUAGCAAUAAAGUGAUAAGCAAAGAUUGUGGAAAAAGUGAAAAUUGUAAAGGAGGAGAUGAAAACUGUGACAGUCACUCUAGGUGUAGUAAAAUGGCUUUAUUUAAUUUGCCAAUACAAAAAGGGAAAAGUUCAAAUUGCUAUUUUGAAGGUAAUAAUAAGAGAGAUCAAUAUUGUAGAAGCACAAUAAGUUGUUGUAAUAGUUUUGAAAAAUGUUAUUUUCAUAAUUUUUCAAAGUCUGAACAAAAUAAAUUAUUAUAUAAUUCAAAAAAAGGUAAUAUAAAUGAUCAAACUGAUAAAGAUCUCAGUAGACGAAUACAAAUUGAACUAACUCAGAGUCAUGACAUUGUCGAUAAACUCAAUUUGGCUAGCACUAAAAAAUGUGCUAUAAUUGACAAAGAUGAUAUAAAAAAUAAAAACAAAACAAUCAUUGACUCAAAACAGGUUCGUAAUAUCAUCGAAGAGAAUAGUAAUGAAUCAAAAUCUGAUCAAAUAGAGAGUCAACAAGUAGAAAGUAAAACUAAUUUGAAUGAAAAUAAUAUGAUAUCCCAUAAUUCUAUAUCUCGUAACAAGUUAUGCAUGUUGAAAAUGACAAAAAAAAAUGAAGUGAUAUCAUCUAGCAAUUUAACUAAUAAAUAUAGUUCUACUGAAUCGGUAAAGAAGUUAGGAAGCCGAGAAAUAAUUAACAAAAAAAAUAAUUUUUUUUUAUCAAAAAAUAUUAGUAAUACUAAAAAUAAAUCUUUUGUAAAUACCUCAAAUAAUAUAGAUACAGAGAAAAAAGAAAAUUCUUAUUGUCCUAACAAUAAAGCUAAAAAUAGUCAUCUUCAUUCUGAACAAAUAAAAAAAAUAAUAACAUCAACUAUUUCAAAUAAAAAAAAAAAUGAAAUAAAUCGUAAUAUUCUUUCAAAAAUAAAAAAUAAUUAUGAUACUAGUGAAGUUUUAAAGAAGGAGUACUUUCAAAAUAGUACCACACGCCAGACUUCUAAAAGGGGUAGCUUAUUGGGUUUGAGCAAAAACAAUAGUAGUAGCAAAACAGGAAUAAAGACUCCUCAUUUAAAAGGAAUGUGUAUCGAAAAGGAAAUUAAGAACUUCUCAAACAUGAAGAAUGAAAAAAUAAUGAACAUUAAUAAAGUUAAAGCAACGAGAGAAAGUGAAAGUUGUAAUGGAGAAAAAGAAAUAAAUGUUUUACAAAAUGAAGAUAUAAAUAAUGUUAAUUAUAAAAAAAAAUAUAUAGAAAAUUUAAUCUCAUCUUAUAAUAAUUAUAUGCCAAAUGAUAUGAAAAAAAAUAAAAUAAUAAAUUCAAAUUAUUCCAAUAAUAAAAAAAUAAACCUUAUGUCUGAACUCCAAUCAAGAGGAAAACACCCAUGCCCUGACAUAAAGGCUAUCAUGAAAAUAAUCGAUUCAAACCUGACAACACAAACUGAAAAAAAUAAUAAAAGAAACGACUCAGUACAUAACAAUUUAAGUAGUAACAUACCUAUCAAUAAAGAAAACCAUUUAAAUGAUGUACAAUAUAAUAAUUCUUUAAAUUCACGUAAAAUAAAAAAUUUAUCAAACUGUAAUUUUGUUCAUGUAUCAAAAAAUCCAGACAAUAUAAAUAAAGAAAUAUAUAUUUUAGAUACUAUAAAUAAAAACCUUGAUAAUUCAUUUUAUCAGUUAGACAAAAUAAAAAAAAAAGUUCAGGAAAAUUGCCUAACAUGA